AAUCACAUUAUACAUUCUCGUCGUCGUCAUCGUCAUCAUCUUUAUCUUCCGAAGAAGACGAUGAAGAAAUAAUAGAUUCAAAAAUCAAGAGAUCUUCAUCUUUUAAAAGGCAAUUCUAUACAUUAAAAAAAGAAAUCAUUGCUGUGAAAAGUAGUUUGGUAUCAUUACAAGCAAAUCAUAAGAAAAUGUUGGAAGGGAAGAAACAACUUGAACAAGAAUAUCAAGAAACUAAAAAAGAAGUUACUAAAACUUUGGAGUCAAGUACAAAAGAUUUAGAGACUUAUAACGCUCUGCUAAAUUCUAGAAUCGAAAAACCUUCUUUGGAAUUGUCAACAAUAGUAAACUCAAAAGAAUUGGAAUUAUUCCAAUCAGAAAUUGAAAAAAGCAAAAAAGAUUUUAUGACAUUGAUAAAUUUCAAAGAAAAAAUAGAAUUAUUACUGGAAGAAAAAGAAAAAGAAUAUUUGGAAAGACUGAGGGAAUGUGAAGCGGUGACUGAAGGCCAAUCUGGCAUGAUUAAUUCAAUGGAAGGUUUAUUAAAAGAAUUGGAGGGUAAAAUGGUUCGUUUACGAAACGAAAAACAACAACUUGAUUCAAUAAACUUACAAAAAUCUAGAUCAAGAGAAAGCAACAAUAGCAAUCAUCAUCAUCAUAGUUCUGAUGAAUUCAAUCCUUCUGAAUUAUCUCGUAGACAAUCAUAUACAAACCCAAUAUCAUUAUUCACUGAUGAGGAACGUGUCAGACAUCAAUCUCGUUUUGGGUUAGCAAAAAGAUGGGUUGAAGAUGAUGAAGUAUCAAUGUGUCAACAAGCAGGUUGUAGUGUGAACUUCAAUUUAUGGAAUAGAAGACAUCAUUGUAGAAGAUGUGGAAAUAUUUUUUGUAAUGCACAUACUAGAUACUCUAUGUUAUUAUUUCCUGAUGGUAGUGAAGAUUGGGGAGGUGUAUGGUCAAAAGUUUGUGAAGGAUGUUUUAAAAAUAGUAAAUAA